AUGAGAAACCUAAGAUCACAAGCUUUCACAGAGAAAGAAAAUGACACAAUUGGUCGAAUCAAACCAAAUGGUCGUUGCAAAAAACAUCCAAAACACAACCAAUCACCUGGCGUGUGUUCUCUUUGUUUAUGUGAAAAGCUUAUUCAACUUUCUUCUCUUAGUACACAUAGAAAAGCCUUAGUUCUUGCUAAUGAUAAUAGUUCUAAUUCAAGUUCUUCUUUUUCUUCUUCUUAUGUUUCUUCAUUGUCUUCAUCUUCUGUUUCUUCUUUGGCUUCUCCUUUGCAUUGUUUUUGUUUUAACAGUGAUGGAAAAAGUAGCUCAUUAUCUAUCUUUUUGGUUCAUGGCCAAAAUGAAAUCGUAAAGAACAAGUCAUUUGGAAGAAGAAAAUGUGAAGAUGGUGUUAAGCAUGGAAAUAAAAGAUGUGGAUUUUGGUUCAAUUUGUUUCAUGCUAAAAGAAAGAGAAUUGAAGGUUAA